AUGUCCAAAUUCCCUAGCAGAUGUUGGCACAAGAAUCUUAUCAAACAAACCAAGAAUGGCCCUUCAAACUCCGACAUCCUGGCCCCGGUCUUUGGCUCAACUUCCUCACGUCUACACUUGUCUGAGCUUCCUUCAGGCGGAUUGAUAUCACCCAAUCUUCCUUUGCUGGCAAAGGGUUAUCGCCAAGUCCAUGAACACUUCAUAGGAUCAGAUCCCUAUAUCGACAACUCAGAGUUCUUCGGUGUCUACAUUGUUGCACGACCAAACAGAUGGCAGCGUCUGGUGACUACGCCAUUUCAACGCUGUCACUGGUCUAUCUAUAGCCAAGGACAUUACUACCACCUCUCUCAGGGUACUGCCACUCCUGGUGGACCCUCGAUAACACUUCGAGAUGACGACUAUACAGCACCCCAAGACCUGUUGAAACGUCAACUUGCGCAGCCCUUCAUCGCCUAUCAUAUCGGAACGACCGACUACAGCCCAUCCCACAUCCACCAAAUUGCACAAUGGGUGGUCAAAAAUAUGAAUGAAACCAGAUCGUCUGUGACGAAUCACCAGCAGUUCGUAUGGGGACUCGGUGCUCGUAUUAUAUGUGGCCCGAGAAAUAGCACGGUCGUUAUAGGUGACCUUUUGCAGCUUUCGGAGCAGAUCUACCACCUUGAAACUCUUUCAUCAGGCUCUUCUAUUCCGAGUGGAUUUGCAACUGGUAUACUGCUGUCUGGUCCGACACGGCGGAUUGAUACCGCAGGAAAGAGGUUCCGGCUGAGGAUCAAGAUAGAGUCAAGCGCUCGAAGCUUGGAGUUCUGCUGGAAAGAUGGAACAUCAGGCGACAUCGAUUGGGCAAUUCCCGAAUACCACCCUUUGCUCAGACCGUUGGCUGUUACAAAACAGAAAUCAUUAUUGAGUCUAAUCAGGAAGAUGACACCCAUAUUUCCCGCGAUUCCGACUUUAUUUCCUCAGCUGCACGAUGGAGAUUUGCCCUUUGCAUCUAUACAUUCCUACAAGAAUGAAGAACCUCACAGUGACCAUCUCGAGCUGAUUCCCUUCUUUGCCAACUUGUACUAUAUCCGCUCAACGAAGAAAAUGACGCGAAAAGAGUUUCUGGGUCACGUCAAUCAAUUCAUCGCUUCUAACACAUCGAAUAUGACAUACAACCGAGGAUUUGAGACUGAGGUCUCACGCGAGAUCCUGAAGCUGGGCUCGGUUUUGGGCAAUAUACCAUCCCGCCCCGAAGUGUUGCGGCCAGAUGAUGAUACUCUUGACAACACGGAAAAAGUUGAUGAUUGUCGGUUUUUCGACUCUCUGAGCUGUAACAGAGCUGGGCGAGAGGGGUUUUUGAGCCAGGUUUUUAUCAAUAUGGAGACACUGACUUAG